UUUGCCUACGAGAUAUCAAAUCCAGACAUACUAUUAUACAACCUAAGUGACGCUGCAGCAUCUAAUUACAACAGGAAUAUCUCUGGUAUAGCUGUUUUUCUCUCAGAUACCCGUCCCGCAGCUACCAGUGCCUAUUCGCUAUGUUCAGAAACAACUACGACAACGAUUCGGUGACCUUCUCGCCGCAGGGUCGCAUCUUCCAAGUCGAAUAUGCCCAAGAAGCCGUGAAACAGGGGUCAGUAGUCGUCGGAAUCGUCAGCAAGACACAUGCCGUCCUGGUGGCUCUUAAGCGCAACGCCGAAGAAUUAUCCUCCUACCAAAAGAAGGUAAUCCCUAUAGACCAGCACCUAGGCAUCGCCAUCGCGGGCCUCGCCUCCGACGCCCGCGUCCUGUCAAACUUCAUGAAACAGCAAUCCCUCGCCUCGAAAAUGACCUACGGCAGACCCAUCCCGCUCGAACACAUCGUCACCAAACUCGGCGACCGCGCCCAGUCAAACACCCAACUGUACGGUAAACGGCCCUACGGCGUCGGCCUGCUCGUGGCCGGCAUCGACGACGCAGGCCCCCAUCUAUACGAAUUCCAGCCAUCAGGCAUGACGCAAGAGAUGGUUGCUUGCGCCAUUGGUGCGCGGAGCCAGAUGGCGCGGACGUACCUGGAGCGUCAUUUGGAGAAGUUUGAGGAUUGUGGGAGGGAGGAGCUGAUUCAGCAUGGGCUUAGGGCGUUGAAGGAGAGUCUGUCGCAGGAUAAGGAGCUGACGGUUGAUAAUACGUCAGUUGGCGUUGUCGGAGUUGGGAGUGGGGUGGGGAAAGGGAAAGUUGAGGCCUUCAGGUUGUAUGAGGGUCUGGAAAUUUCUGGGUUUUUGGAGAGUGCUAGUUCUGAAGGGCAACAGGCAGAGGCAGAGACGGAGGGGCAGUCAAUGGAGGUAGACUCAUGAUUAUAUGACGAUCGAUGAUCCUGAUUUUUGAUUUCUUUCUGUUUUAAAUGCAACCUCCAUGUUUUCUAGCCAUGAUUCGCUGCUUAUCGGAAUAGAUGACGUUUUCCAUCACCGCGAUACGAUCCUAACACUACUCACAUCAUAAGCUAACAAUAAUUGCAAUUUCUGGCUAUGGAAAGCAGGCAUAUUCUAACUAGGUAUAUAUAUACACAGGCCGGUCGUGUGCAUAUCUGAUGCAUCACGUCAACCCUGUACUCAGCAAAAGCAACACCGGAAAAACUUCAUGACUAUUAAUAAAAGGAGUCAACCGGAGGAAACAAGGGUACUGACAAGAAGACUCCCGCCUGAUCCUUACUUCCUUUAGCUCUUACUUUUAACCCCCCUUAACUAGAUGCCCAAUCCAGCGUGUAUCUCCCCUCACUGAGCCUGUAAUCCCUCAAUGCCCCCAAAACCUCCUCAACACUGCGACAUUCCACCAAAAUGCCCUUAUUCGCUUCAUUCACAAAUCCAGACUCCACGCUCUUCUCCACCCACUGCAAAAGCCCGUCCCAAUACCCAUCAAUGUUCAACAACACAAUCCCGCAAUGAUGGAUCCCAAGCUGAUUCCACGUAACCAUCUCCAUAGCCUCCUCCAGCGUCCCAAAGCCGCCCGCAAGGGCCACAAACCCACUCCCGGGACCUCCCUCCAUAACCUUCUGCGCCAUUAUCCGUUUGCGCGUAUGCAUAUCCGGCACAAGCGUCGUAAGGCCAUACUCCGACUCCCCUAGCAACGAUCCCCGCUGCUGCCCUCCCCCCUCCGCCUUGCCAGCAUCACCACCAUCCUCACUCAUAAUUACUACCCGCUCCGGCGCCUUCCCGCCCACCUGCGAUUCAGCAGCUGUAAGCGAUGUCCGGUAUCCAUUCUCGAUCUUGACGAGGGCGGUGGGGAUCACACCAUGGACAGCCCUGGGGCCCGAGAGGGAGACUAGCGUACGUGCGAGCUCGCCCAUGAUGCCCCCUGUGCCACCGCCGUAGACGAGGGUGAUGUUUGCUUUGUGGAAGAUGUGGGCGAGGGCGCGGGCGGAGGCGAGGUGGGCGGGGGAUGUGCCCUUGUGGGCGCCACAGCUGGUCAGUGCGGGUUAGUUUUUUGGUGUAC